UGUUACCAAACUCGUUGCCUUCCACUGUUGCCUGGCACUUAUUACGACGCUGGCCAGGCGUAUAAUAAUGUUUCCAUGUCGCCCUAAACAAACACAAACACAAUGGCCAAAAACAAAGCCAUAUUUUUGGCGUCGCUGCUCUUAUGCUCUUUAAUAAUUGACAUAACUGCGUCGCCUACCAAACCUGGAAUCCAAAAUGAGGCUCAAACUCGUCGGAGAAGUAAUAAUAAAAAUAACCAAGCCGAGCAUAGAGGAAGAGGAUUGUGUGCUCUGCCGGUGAUCGGCGGAGCAUUGGACAACAUACUCCAACCAUUUCGGCGUAUUCCCAUUAGCAAGCAAGUUGUUAAUAUGCUUUGUAACCAACGCAAAGGUGCAAGCAGUGCAAACGAAGUGUACGAGGAUAACACAUUCAAAAUCGUUGACGUGUAUUUCGACGAGUAAUUCACACGCACUGCGUUACAAAUGACAUGAAAACGCAAUAAAGCGUAAUAGUAAUAAUUGUCCAGGAUUUAUUAUUAUACUUUUUUAUUACUACCAAAAAAAUAUAUUAUAGUGUUGAGCAAACAAGGGAAAAAUGAAGUAGUUACAGUUUCAGCCAAAAAAAAGUUCUAACAAAGUAUCGUUAGUAAUAUAUCGUUUGAUUGUUAUAUUUACUCAAAAAAAAGCCAUUCAACGUCCAUCAAUGCAAUUAAUAUGUUGAUAUAUAACUAUUUUAUUUCAUUUUUGUCUCGUUCUGCAUUAUAUAAGCUUUGGUUAGUGAGCUUACAAGCUUAUAAGCGACAAUGUCUAAAUCACUUCUGUUCUAUUUUAUAAUCAGCUCACACAUUGAGUCGAAUUGCAUUCGAUUGUUGUUAAAACAUGCGCUGGCGGAUUCAAAAUGUACGAGGUUUAUUAUCGACGACAAGUUGUUGGUUCAAGAUCGUUUCCUCGUCCACAAUGUGCAUCACAUCAUUAUAUCGCAGAGACUUUUCGAAGAAAACAGUUAUUCAAAUCUGAGUUGCUGGACAACUCACUACGUCUUGGAAUCAAAUGAUCCUGCUGGUGUAUUACGUUUAUUUCCAUGUCAACGCGGUGUGAUUUUCUCGGAAAGGUUUGAGCCGUUCACUAGUAUAUUUCUAAUUCUUUUCGUCGAUAAAAACUCAACGAAAGCAUACGAAACGCUGAAGGAUACUUUAUUGUGCUUUUCGGAACUGCAUGCACAUUUUAUUCAAUUGUACGCGGGAUUUCCUGGUAAUUCUACACCAGAUAUUGUCAGUUUCUAUCGAGGAAGGACUGAUAAACUGAAUUCAUCCAUUUGUACGCAAAGUGAAUCUGAUACGGAUGUGAAUAUUGUGCCAAGAUUUAAAGAAGAAAGUUGGAGGUAUUGGAAGCCGAAUUUUACGAACGAAAGUAAUGUUUUUAUAGCGGGAUAUUUUCAUUAUCCUCCCUAUGUGUUCAUAGACAAGAAAAAUAAGGAUUACGCUGGUUUAGAUAAGUUUAUAGUGACAGAGGUGACGCGUGGAUGGCGUGUUGCCUAUAAACUAUACCCAGACAUGGCGUUUUCUCAAGUUGUACAGGAUAUUAUCACAAAUAAACUUCACACGUACCUCUGUGCUGCUUGGCAUAUUCGUGUGUCUUUUAAUGUAUCAGAUUCUUCGAUUCCGUAUACAGAAACAUGUGUAACAUUCAUGGUUCCAAAAAAAUCUGAACCAAUGAGUGCGUUCUUUUUAUUAUCCGCUAUGCCUUACAGUUUUGUUGUGAUUGCUAUCCUGGAGGCAGUUAUAACAGCUAUAAUUGUAUAUGUUUUUGAUAUUAUUUAUCGAAAAAUAGUAUUAAUACAGCAGGAUAAACAUCGUAGUAUCUCCAUGUUGGUAUUUUUAAAAUAUGGAGAUUUAUUAAUGAAUACAAAUAGACCUACACCAACAAAACUUGGGAUUAGAAUCGUCCAUGCUUCAUGGUUACUCACUGCUUUGCUAAUAACCAACGUAUAUUCAACAGGAAUAUCUUCAAACCUUACGGUUCCAAAGAAAAACGAAGGAAUACGCACUUUUAAAAAUGUUAUAGAACAUAACCUCAUUUGGGAGCACGACAGCAGUGGUUCUAAUGAGAUAUUUGAAGAAAGUCCAGAUGUGGCAUUGAAAAAAAUAGCAGAGACUUCAGUUCCAACAGGAACUAAUCUACCUGUACAGAGAAUAAUUCAAAACGUGAAUGUUUUGUAUCAGAAAUACGUUGAUGUUUACAUAGAUCACAGCUUAAACCAAGAGUUAUCCGAAGGUAAACUUGGUAAAGCUUUACUAAGAGAAUGUGCUGGUCUGUAUAAUUAUGUUUAUCCUUUGAACAAACGUUCAUCCUUCAAGAUGAUUAUCAAUAACAAGUUGUUUUCCAUGGUGGAAGCCGGUUUGAUUGAGUUUUGGACUCGGAUGUUGCAUAGAACAUUCAAAAAUACAAAAGAUUUUAAUAUAGGAAUUUUACGAGAUGUCAAAGAUGUUCAACAGCAGAGUAUAACAUUCACAGCGGUUCAAGGACUUUUAAUUCUGCUUGUGGUUUGUUAUUCAAUUUGUAUAAUGGUUUUUCUAGUCGAGUUGUUUACAUAUAAUUAUGAUCAGAAAGUUUUUGUGUUUCGAAAGUAAGAUUAUCAACAAUAAAUGUAUAUAAAUCAAA